GUGAAGGAGAGAGAGAGAGAGAGAGAAUUGUUUCUUUCUCUGGAUGCCAGCACCACCAGCAGCAGCAGCAGCUUGGAUCCGGAUGAGAGGUGACCAGGGCUGUGGGUGAAGGUGUGUGUGUGUAUGUGUGUGUGCGUGUUGUGCGUAUGGAAAGACUGCAGGAGCGGGAGAACUUGCUACCCUCUCUGCCCCCUCUUUGCCGCCGCGUCUCCCUCCUCCUGUUCCCCGGGACACAGGCAGGCAUCUGGCAGUGGUGAGAUGUGAAGAGGCUUGAAGAAUGGCAUGCAAAGAUGGUUUCUGCCAAGAAGAAGGAGACGGUGACAGCGAUGUGCCCGGCUUUUAUUCGGACCCUCUUCUACUUUUUCUGUUUGGCGACUUGUGUAAAGAAAAUCUCUGGACAGACAAAGAAGGAUGAAAGGAUCUAUCCGGAGAAUUUUACUCGCAUUUUGGACCGACUUCUGGACGGGUACGACAACAGGCUGCGACCUGGAUUCGGGGGUCCUGUGACUGAAGUAAAGACCGACAUUUAUGUCACAAGUUUUGGGCCUGUCUCGGAUGUUGAAAUGGAAUACACAAUGGACGUGUUCUUUCGGCAGACGUGGGUGGACCGGAGGUUGAAGUACGAGGGCCCGAUAGAGAUUUUGAGGCUGAACAACCUGAUGGUGACUAAAGUGUGGACACCAGACACCUUCUUUAGGAACGGCAAGAGGUCGGUCGCUCACAACAUGACGGCCCCCAACAAGCUUUUCCGUAUCAUGAAGAAUGGCACCAUUCUGUACACCAUGAGGUUGACUAUUAAUGCCGAGUGUCCCAUGAAACUUGUGGAUUUCCCCAUGGAUGGACACGCUUGCCCCCUCAAGUUUGGAAGCUAUGCCUAUCCUAAAACAGAGAUGAUCUAUACCUGGACCAAAGGGCCUGAGCAUUCAGUGGAGGUCCCUCCUGAGUCCUCCAGCCUCGUUCAGUAUGAUCUCAUCGGUCAGACGGUCUCCAGUGAAACUAUUAAAUCCAUCACAGGUGAAUAUGUGGUGAUGACGGUCUACUUCCACUUGAAACGGAAAAUGGGCUACUUCAUGAUUCAGACGUAUAUCCCCUGCAUAAUGACAGUAAUCCUCUCCCAAGUGUCCUUCUGGAUAAAUAAAGAAUCGGUGCCGGCGCGCACAGUCUUCGGCAUCACCACUGUCCUGACCAUGACGACCCUCAGCAUCAGCGCUCGCCAUUCCCUUCCCAAGGUCUCAUACGCCACUGCCAUGGACUGGUUCAUCGCCGUCUGCUUCGCCUUCGUCUUCUCUGCCCUCAUUGAGUUCGCCGCCGUGAACUACUUCACAAAUGCGCAGCUCGAGCGGGCCAAAAAGAAGCCAGCCAAAUGUCCUCCGGGGCCCCAAACCACGCCUGUCAAGGUCAAGGACGCAGAGGAAGUGCUGCAGAAUCCUGAUAGCAACGGUAAUCUGAGAAAGCGGAUGAAUUAUAUUUCCUACCAAGAGGCCAGCAGUCACCAGAGAGCCCAGUCCACCACCAACAUUUCGGGAGUGGGGAGAACAAGACAGCUGAGACCUUUAGCCACCGGAGCCAAUGGCAGCUCCUCCGCACUCUCCCGCACCAACCCCAAAUCUGAGAGCCUGCUCAGCGUGGCCUCCUCCUCCGCCCAGCUGGUGAAGAGCGCGCCUCAGGCUGCAGCUUCCACACCAGACGUGAUGGCGGGGACGCCGUGCAAGCAGAACGCCAGCUCCUCGUCUCUGCAGCAUCUGCUGGGGCCCAAACUGGAGCGCAUCCAGUUGAUGGGGAACAAACCGGAGGUAAAGCAGACGCCAUGCUCCCAGCCCACCACUGCUGGUAUGGGUGGAACCAGCAAAAUUGACAAGUACGCACGGAUCCUGUUCCCAGUGUCCUUUGGGGCUUUUAAUAUGGUCUACUGGGUGGUUUACUUAUCAAAAGACACAAUGGUGGCCAAAGGUGGCUAGACUUUGCUCUGGCAAUAAAAGUGAAGACUCUUUUCUUUCAACAGAUUGGAAGCAAAUAUGGAUUAUUGGAGUUUGCAAACAAUAAAAGGAAUCUUGUUCUUGCCAAACGGAUAAACAAAAUAUGCUCGCCAAGUACUUCCAUAUCCUGGAGAACACAUUCAUUUUUUUUCUUCCUAAGGUCCACGAACAGCAAGCAUGGGAACAAAUCAACCAAUUUAGAAAUAUCUGCGUCAACAUAAGAAAGAACACCUGCACAAUGGAAUAUGCUACUGUCCUCUUUUAUCGUGCCACGUCUGACUGUAAAGGUCUGCGUCGGCUUCGACUGCCUUGUGAUCCCUGUUGGCCUGCAGUCAAGAUAAAGCAUGGGAUCUUUUCAUUUUCCUAUUUUUGUACCCUGCACCUGGCCAGAUGAUCGGAUGUGUGUGCCGCCGUCCUGAAAUGAACUGCACCAAUGCUAUGUAAAUACAUGAAUUUAUUAGGAUAAACAGAUUUAUAUUAAAUGAUUACAGUGUACUUCCAAUUGAAUAUUAAGACUGGUUGCUUUGGUGCCAGGAGGCUAGAUAAUGCAACGUUAAAUUAUUUUAGAGAGCAAAGGGACUCUGGUAGUGGUUUCCUUGGAUUUUCCCUUUAGACAGAAUACAGGCAAACUGACGGUCAAGCUGAAAUGAAAAAGAUAAGUUUUGAUCAGAAUUAAAACCAGGCUGAGUGGAGCUUUGAAAAGCCUCUCUUGUACAGUAUCUACUUGCAAGCAUCUUUCUUAUACAAAAUGGAUUAAAUAAUCUGGAAAUAUUGAAAUAGAGAAAAUUAAAUUUGAGGAUCAGCCGGAGUAGGAAGUAGUAAAGACAAGUUAUUAAUUCAUGUAACAGUAGGAUUUAAGCUUCUUUCCUGCCACAAUGGGUUGCCAAAUAGUAGACAAAGAUUAAAAUACAGUCAUAAAUUGAACAAAUCGAGGGAGCAGAAAGUAAUGCUAUCACUGCAGCAAUACAAUAGCGAGUUGGAUGUUUGUGUAGGGACAUUUUGGCAUGUACAAUAAAGGAAGGAAUUCGAAUUUGUUCAACAACUGCUCAGGAGCUGACUGCUGUCAUCCCCCUUCUUAAAUUGUGUCUUAGAGAUGUCACUUGCUCUAGGUGUUUCAGUUUUAACACAUUUUACACUAUUUCACUGCAUUUCAUGGUGUUAAUCUUUGGAACUUUCUCCAAUGAGUGACUGGAUAAUUGUUGUUAUUAUAAAGCUGCAGUGGAUCCUGAUCACCCCACAUUUUAAGGGUUGAGCAAAGGAAUGGGUGCUUUUAUAGUUAAAACAGCCCGUUGAGUUUUAUCAUUCAUUCAGCUACUGUUAAUUGUGGCAGCUAGAGUUUGGGUAAUGGGAUCUACUGUAGCUAAACUACAUUACCAACAAGAAAAAACCCUAUUAAAGUCUGAGUACAGAACUGCCUCUAGCUCUUUCUGUUUAGAUCGAGUUCAAGACAUCACUUUGGGAAUUCUUUGCAUUUUUGCUGAGAGUUAGAAAAGAACAUUGAUACCAAUUAUAGCUGUAUGCUAAAGAUAAGGCUACAGUAAGGGCACCACAUAACAUGUACAUUAACACAGAAUGAGUAUUAUUGAGUUUAUUCUUGUAAGUGUAUUGUUAGUAAAGACUCUGUUGUUGAUCUCCCAGCACCCUUAAAGCUCACUUUAUUAAUUAGACUGCAGGAAGUUAGCUAACAAGCUAGCUGUUUCCAUCUGUUUCCAGUCUUUAUGCUAAGUUAAGCUAACUGGCUGCUUGAGGAGCGUAUCUGUGUUCCCAGGGUUCUAUGUUCCCCAGCUCAAUAUCCUCUUAACAUUAAGGAGGCCUUAAAAAGGGUUUUAUCUUCUCAGCAAUGUUUUUUCCCAGGGUUGGUUGUGUUGAAAUCCCCAACCUACAGCUUAUAGCUGAAUGAUGUUAUACUACGCCCUCAAAUUUGGGAGCAAGACAGAUUUUUAACUAUUCAAACUAAAUUUGAAACAUCCAUCUCCCACUUACCAAUCUUGUACAAUGAGGAACCCGGGAAUAUAGGGAUGUCCCCGCUGCUGGCUGUAGCUUCAUAUUUAGCGUAUAGACAUGAGAGUGAUAUUGAUCUUCUAAUCUAACGCCAGAAGCAAAUAAGCGUAUUUCCCAACAUUGUUUCUGUUGAUCUCUAUGGACAUUUCUAAUUGUCCUCCUGUAGAAAUAGCCCAGAAAACCCUAAAGUUCACUGAAAUAGACUCCUGUGUGAUCAGGACCUUGUGCAGUCUCGCACUCCGGCGACCCUCAGGGAUAAUGACGAAAGAGACUACUGAUAAUUGAAUCUUUGAAUAUGUGAAGGACGUUAUUAUCUAAAUAUCAAAUACAUGACGUCAGAAAAUUGUCCUCUGUGCUGUCUGUUCUGUCCUGACUGGUAGAGGUGAAGUAGGAGAUGUAUUGUCAUUGAGUCCUUAGUCCUGUAGACAAAUUGACAUUUUCAGUGAUAACUUGCUGUGUAUAAGUACAAAUAAGACUCCUGACUCUCAGAAAAGUACAGUUUUGGUAAAUAAUUGUUCUAAUUUUAUCUGUAUUCCCUGAUCAAUCAGGAACAAAGCUCUUGAAAUAUCUAUUUAUAAGACAAUUAACUAGAUAUUAAUAAAGGAAUCACAAAAAUCUUGC